AUGAGCGACAAGCCCCAAGGCCGACGGUCCGACCGUCGUCGUGGCGGCGGCCAGCGACGCCAUCGAGGACCCAAGAAUCCGAAUGAGGCGUCGCCGCCGAGCCGCGGCUUCGACACGCCGCCGCACGAAGCCCGCGCGCGUCCGCCAGCCGACUCGCGCCCGCCUCGCACUGAGGCUGUCCCGCUCGAUACUCCCCGGUUCGCCGAGCUUGCCGGCCAGAACCUCGUCCACCCCAUGAUUGUCAGCACCAUCACCGACGAUCUCAAGUUUGACCACAUGAUGCCCGUCCAGGCCGCCACUCUGUGGGAACUACUGCCGCCCAACCGGAUCGACUGUCUUGUUCAGGCUAAGACGGGAACCGGCAAGACGCUCGCCUUCCUGCUCCCCGCCCUGCAGACCAUCAUCUCCCAGAACCGCGGACGCGACGCCGGCAUCUCACUACUCGUCAUCUCGCCCACGCGCGAGCUCGCCAUGCAGAUCGCCCAGGAGGCUACCAAUCUGCUCCAAAGACUGCCUAGAUAUCGCGUCCGCAUCGCAAUCGGGGGCACCAAUAAGGACAAGGAGGAGAAGCAGAUUCUCGGUGGCUGCGAUGUCCUCAUCGCCACCCCCGGCCGGCUCAUCGACCACAUGUCCAACCCAAACAUCCUCUAUGCCUUCCGCCACUUGGAGACACUGGUCCUCGACGAGGCUGAUCGCCUGCUCGACAUGGGCUUCAUGCCGGCCCUGAGAGAUAUCGUCCGCCAUUUGCCCGACAGGAAUCACGUCAACAGGCAAAGUAUGCUCUUCUCCGCCACCAUCGCACCCCACGUCAAUCAAGUUGCCGGCCUCGUCUUGUCCCUGGGCUACAAGUUCAUCUCGACCAUUCCUGCCGGCGAGGUCAACACCCACGAACGCGUCCCACAGUUUCUCGUCACGGUCCCCACCUUCUCCUCCCUCGCCCCGGCCAUGGUCGGCAGCAUCCGUGAAGAGGCUGCCAGGCACCAGGAUUUCAAAGCCAUCGUCUUUGCCCCAACAGCUGCCCAGGCCGGGCUCUACGGCCACAUUCUGUCGAUGCUGCCCAGCCUGCCUCCCGUCUCCACCCUCCAUAGUCGCAUCUCCCAGACCAAGCGCACAAAGGUCACUAACGACUACCGCGAGGCCAAAGCUGCCAUUCUUGUCGCCACCGACGUUGUCGCUCGGGGCAUGGACUUUCCCGGCGUCACCACCGUCUUCCAGGUCGGAAUCCCCUCGGAUGAGCAAAGCUACAUCCAUCGCCUCGGCCGCACGGCUCGCGCUGACGCCGAAGGUCGCGGCAUUUUCAUCGUCUGCGAAGCCGAGGCGUGGUUCCCAAAGUGGACCUUGAAGAAAAUCACCCUUGUUCCACACAACGCCGAUCUCUCUUCCGCCGCCGAUGUGUACAGCGUCGUCGAGGCCAUGGAUGAGGACGACCAGGCAAACAUUUACAAGGCUUGGCUUGGCUACUACAAGAACCACCUCAAGGCCCUCAAAUGGGACAAAGAGGAGCUGGUCAGCCAAGGCAACGUGUUUGCGCGCGACGGGCUUGGGACUCCCGACAUUCCGCCUAUUGCCAAGAGCACGGUGGGCAAAAUGGGCCUCAGGGGCACCAAGGGCUUGAACACUGUGCCCGACCGGCCCAAGCCGGGACGGACUCAGGGCGGUGGCGGGCGUGUCAGGCACGGGGGCGGGCAAGAGUAA